AUGAGUAUCUCCACUACAUCCCUCCACUCACCUUCUUCGGGCCUAGUCGACGACGAACUCAUAGCCUUGAACCUGCAACUUGAGGAACUCGGAGUGCUGUCGCAGACUAGCAAGGGAAAGCACGCUGUCAACAAUCCUCCUGACUAUGAGGUUGCGUUCGCCAGCUUCCAAGCCGAGCUCCAAGACUACAAGACUUUCUUGGAUGACCAAAAACUGGCCCAGAGCAUUGGUGCCGCUGUUCACACUGAUGGCGUACUCAUUGGUGACAUCACGACGCAGGAUCUCCAAGCCCACGAAGAUCGCCGUUAUGCUGUUCAACUGAGCAACAAUGAC